AUGAAAAGGAAAAGAAAUUAUGUUCAAGUUUCACAACAAUUGUCUGUGAUUUCACCUGAUUUGUAUUUAUCGGAUGAAUAUUGGGAAUGUAUAUUCAAAUUCCUUAAUGACGACUUCAACUCUCUCUCCGUUGUCUCGAAACAGUUCCUCUUUAUCACCAACCGACUUCGAUUCUCUCUCACUAUCCGGUAUCCGCCGGAUCUAUCUUUCCUACCUUUCUUCAUUCACCUCUUUCAAAGGUUUACCAACCUCACUUUCAUAGACUUCUCGCGGCUCUCCUGCGACCUUGACAGUCUUCUCCCCUACAUCUCUUGUUUUCCAUUGAAUAUUACAUUCCUCAAUCUCUCCAACCGAUCCAACUUUCUUGCCAAUGGACUGCGAGCUUUCUCUCAAAAUAUUACUUGUUCCAACAUUGAUUUUGACUGUAACUAUGACUUUUUCCCAUUACUACAGAUACUUGACUUAAGUAACAUGGGAUGUGCGAUCUUAAUCAACUCAUCAAGAGUGAAGUCCAUUGAGUUUCCCAAAUUAGAGGUGUUGAACUUAUCCCGUACAAGAGUUGAUGAUGGACAAUUCUAUAUAAUCUUAAAGGCCCGCCCUCGACUUUUGCAACUGUCACUCAACUUUUGUCAGGAGGUUACACAGCAGAGAGUAAACUUGAAGAAAUUUAAGGGGGAAAUGGGAGUGGACUAUUAA